UUUCUUUCUUUGAUGCGUUAUGCAUAGAAUGAUACGAUGUUAUUUAAAUCUAAAAUUUUUUAUCCUUGUUCCAAUUUCAAACAUAUCUUAACAAUCCUUUUCUAAUUUAGAAUUGUAAUCUGAAGACGGCUCAUUAAAUAGGCCAAAAAUAUUAGUUAAAAUUAAAUGAUUUUGCUGGAAAUUAAAAGGUGUUAAGUAUAUGAGCUUAAUCAGUAGUUCCAGAUGGACAUUUAGACUCUGUACAUAUAAGCAUUAUUAAUUUCAUUAUUACUAUAAAAUGAAUUAAAUUGUAAAAUUUUCUCUCUAUAUUAUUAUAUUAUUUUAAAGUAAGAAAUAAUGCCAACAUUAUUUCUUACUUUAAUAUAAUAAUAUAGGCAUAGUUUGUUGUUCAGAUGAAACAAGAAAAAAGUUUGGUUUUUGGUGUUAAAAUAGUAUUUGUAUUAUUUAUUACUAUUGAUGUAAUUACAAUUCAAACAAUAUCCCUAUAACCUUGCUGUUGAACAAGCAUAUAGCAAGAAUACAAAUAUUUACAGUGACAUCAUUAAUAACAGAUAAUUAAAUAUUAAACUUAUUAAACAAACUAUACAGAAGAUCAUUAACACUCAUCAACUGACAACAUCAAAAUCUUUUUCUCUUUUUAUAUUAAUAAGUCUUCCCAUUAAAUAGAACUUCUUAUAAUAACAGGAAGAAGGUUAUGUACUUGGGACUACCUGGAGGGUAACGGGGCCUGGGGGAAAAUUUGUAUUGGGGCCCUAUAGCAAAUUAAAUCAUAUAUUAAAACAAAUGAAGUAAAUAAAAAAAAAAAAACAUUGUAUGGGGGCUCUAUUUCCUCUGAUCUAGGCCAGUUUGUUCCUUUUGCCCCCUCUUGUAUCCCUGUUUAUACUUAAUAAAAUUAUAGUACAGCAGUAAUUUAUAAAUAAAAACAAACUUCUUGAUGAUAUACACACACAUACAAAUCUUUUAAUGUCGUAACCAACUUUACAUAACUGGUUCCGCAGUAAGCACAGCCAGUUUACAGAUGUUUUAGGUAUUGCAAAUGUUAUAGUUACAUUUACAAAGUGUAAGAGUAAUAUGCAUUAUAGCAUAAAGUAUCACAAUGAGAGUGAUAUUGAAGAGAAUUUGGCAUGGGCUAGUGCACAGAUACAUUGUCAGUGUUCAGUAGAUGAUACUAAAGUCAAAUUUCCUAUUUCUACUUCAUUAUCACAAGAGGAAUUAGCCACUGCUUCUAAAGAUACAUCGUUUAUUCCUUGUAGAGGAGAAAAUGGUCACAUAGUUCUUUCAACCAAGCCUAAAAUUUUAUUUUGUGAUGUUCGUCUAGCUCCUGGAGAAAGCAAAACAUAUUUAUACAAAGAAACAAUUCCAAAUGAAGGACCUCCUUCGUAUCGAGGCCAGGCUGUAAAAUAUGCUUACAAGAUAACUAUUGGGACUCAGCGGGUGAAUGCAGUAAUUAAAUUGAUGAAGAUUCCAAUAAGAGUUCUUGUUUUGAACAACUUGUCAGAUUUUAAUUUCCAUAUGGAAAGUGAUGAGAUGCAAGUUGCUCCAACUAAUCCAUUUUUACAAAGUCAACAGAAAGAAUCUUCUAUGGAAAUUGCUCUGCAGGUUUUAGAAAUGAUUACUGCUCGUCGAAACCCUAGUUUUUAUAACAUCACAAAUCAAAAUGGAAAAGUAGUAAGGUUUUGUAUCUUGAAAUCUGCUUACCGUCUCGGAGAAGACAUCAUUGGCAUUUUUGACUUUACUAAAGCCACAGUGCCAUGUGUUCAGUUCUCCGUUAUGUUGCAAAGUGAAGAAAUAUUAAAAGAAGAAUGCUGUAUUAAGUCAAAACCGAGCAUAAUGACGGUCACUUAUACAAAACAUCAUGAAUUCUGUUUAUUUCUAGAUCAUACACAGAUGAUCUUACCUAUACCCCUGACCAUCACCCCUGCAUUUUCUAGUGAAGUCGUAUCAUUACAGUGGAAACUCCAUUUUGAAUUUGUGACCACCACGUCCCAGAUUCCGGACGUGCUACCCUCCUCUUCGCCGUCCGAGAGCGUCAUGUGGCAGGGUCCUUCCUCGCUGGACGUUCAGACCAUGGUGUGGGACCUUCCGGUUAUGGUAUAUCCAACUCAUCCAGUUCACAUAGCUCAGGGCCUCCCCAUUAAGUGUGAAAAUAGUUUAAUUAUUACUUAAUUGUAAAUUUUUAAAAUAACCCCUCUUAUAUUCAAUAAAGUUUAUUUGUCAAUAUACAAAUUAAAAAUGGUUAAAAUAAUUUAAGAAAAAACUUGUACAAAAAGUUACUCGUGUGCCGUUUAAAAUUCCAAAGCUAAUCUUAUAACUUAGAUCUUUGUUUUACUUGGGAAUUUGCUAAUCACGGUUUGAAGACGAACGCUUCUCACUCGUCGUCGCCUAAUA